GUUACUAUUUCAUGUAUAGCUAACAACUUGUUUCCUUGGUGUCAUGAGGACAUAUGGAUUCAUAACGGGUCUAAUUCAACUUGAAAUCUGUUGUUUACCUGUCUGCAGUUAUUAGUCUUGCUUAGAAUGAUAGAAUUUACAGGAGAUAAUCUUGAAGCUUAUUGGUUUUUCCAUUUUAGUAAUACUGUAAGAAGAACAUCCAAGCUUGAGAUGAUCAAAACCCCCGCCAAAUUCAGAUUUUGCUAUUUUGUGUAUUCAUGAGAAUUUAACCCAUAAGCACUUGUUGUAAUUAGAAGUAGUUGUCGCUGUAUAGUUGUUCUUCCAUUCAAUUCUUAUUUUUGUGAGGCUAUCAGUAUAGUUUUCAAGAGAGAAUUUGGAUUAUCAUAAACAUUGGACUUUCCGUUGAGCAAGAAGUGAAAGAUUUUUGGGACUCUAGAGAUGAUUGCCACAUGUUUCAGCCAAUGAGAUUAUUCGUUGUCUUGACAUGGCAGUGACUGUUCUAGAGACAAAGAUGCAACGAAGAGAUAGUUAGAGAUAUCAAUUGAUUGAUUGUUAAGAGGAUGACCUCUUCAUCUACUCAACUUUCUGCCUUGAGAGGAAUGGGAAUUUAUGAGCCAUUCCACCAGAUUAGCUCCUGGGGAGACACCUUCAGAGGAGAUGGUAGCCUAAAUGUUGGUUCAUCUACAAUUGUGCCUGUGGAUACUGGGAUUAAUGACAAGACCGAAUAUGUUUCUCAGGAUUCUAUGGAACACUCCAGAAGUGAUCAAGAAUCAAACAGACCAACAGAUAAGAUACAGAGACGUUUAGCACAAAAUCGAGAAGCUGCUCGCAAAAGUCGUUUGCGAAAAAAGGCCUAUGUUCAACAACUAGAAUCUAGCCGUUUGAAGUUAGUGCAAUUGGAGCAGGAACUCGAUAGAGCUAGGCAACAGGGUAUAUACAUAAGCACUACAGCAGUUUCUGGUCAUUUAGGAUUGCCAGGAACUCUUAAUUCAGGAAUUACUACAUUUGAAAUGGAAUAUGCACACUGGCUUGAAGAAGAACAUAAAUAUGUUUCUGAACUCAGGACUGCGCUGCAAGCUCAUAUCACUGACAUAGAGCUCCGGAUACUGGUAGAAAAUGGCUUGAACCACUACAACAACCUUUUCCGCAUGAAAGCAGAUGCUGCAAAGGCUGACGUCUUCUAUUUGAUUUCUGGAAAAUGGAGGACAUCAGUAGAACGCUUUUUCCAAUGGAUUGGUGGAUUCCGCCCGUCAGAGCUUCUAAAUGUUCUCAUGUCACAACUUGAGCCCUUGACUGAUCAACAACUUGUGGACGUCUGUAACCUUAGGCAAUCUUGUCAGCAGGCUGAAGACGCUCUCUCACAAGGAAUUGAUAAACUUCAGCAGACCCUGGCCCAGAGCAUAGCAGAGGAUAUAGCUAAUGCUGGAAGUUACAGAGCUCAGAUGGCUGCUGCUAUAGGGAAUUUAGAAGCACUAGAGGGCUUUGUGAACCAGGCAGAUCACCUUCGGCAACAAACUUUGCAGCAUUUGUCAAGGAUCCUAACAACACGGCAAGCUGCUCGAGGUUUACUUGCCUUGGGAGAAUACUUUCACCGACUUCGAGCAUUAAGUUCGUUAUGGGCUGCUCGUCCUCGGGAACCUGCCUAGAUUACAGAAUUAGGAACCAGCAAAACCACCAUAUCUAGGUUGAUAUACCACUGGCAUCCAUGCCUCCCCUAUAAAAAUGGACACUCAUGAAUUUUGUAUUAUAUAUAUAUAUGUACUAUUUUUCAACUCUGCCUAUAUGUUUUUCCAUAGCAGCUUCUUCUUAAGUUUAGACAAGGUGUAAAUAUGAAGUGAAACGAUGUGUGUAAGAAGCAUAAAAAUUAGGUAAUGAAGUCGAUGUUCAAUGCA